AGGAAAAAGGAGGCAGCUCGGAAGAGGCGCUGCCACUGAACCAGCGCGCCCGGAGGGGGGUGUCCCUGUGCAGGCCGGCGAGCGAACGAGAGAGCCGGGGACGCCGGCGCUUGGCUGCUGGUGGCGCUUCGCAGGCCCUCGUCCCCAGCAUGGAGGCGGUGAUGGGCGCCUUCUUGCAGCUCCUGAGCUUCUGGUUCGCCCUGGCUUUCCUGCUCAUCGUGCUGCCGUCCGUCUUCGGCUUGUCGCUGGGCAUCUCGGAGUUCUACCUCCAGGUGCUGGUCAAGAUCCUCGAGUGGGCCACACUGCGAAUUCAGAAAGGAAUCCGAAGAGAAAAGAAACUAAUAUCCUAUAGUUCAAGUGUUAUCAUUCAGAGAGAGCCAACCACCAUGGAGAAGGAGAUGGCUGGCAAUGGCUGCAGAGACUUUGAGCUCUCUGACGUCUUUUAUUUUUCUAAGAAGGGCUUCGAAGCCAUUGUGGAAGAUGAAGUCACCCAAAGAUUCACAUCAGAGGAGCUGGUUUCCUGGAACCUCCUCACCAGGACCAAUGUCAACUUCCAUUAUAUCAGUUUACGACUGACGAUUGUGUGGGUUAUCGGAGUCUUUAUGCGUUACUGUUUCUUGCUUCCUCUUCGAAUUACCUUGGCAGCCAUUGGGAUCGUGUCCAUGAUUGUUGGGACUACCUUGGUAGGACAGCUGCCAAAUGGACAAACCAAAGACUGGCUGAGUGAUCUUGUCCAUCUCACCUGCUGCCGAAUCCUUGUCAGGGCACUCUCAGGAAGCAUUCGUUAUCACAACAGGGAGAACCGACCCCAGAAAGGUGGAAUUUGUGUAGCCAAUCACACAUCUCCGAUAGAUGUUAUAAUCUUGACAAAUGAUGGCUGUUACGCAAUGGUUGGACAGGCUCAUGGAGGUUUGAUGGGUAUCAUUCAAAGAGCCACAGUUAAGGCCUCUCCUCACGUCUGGUUUGAGCGUUCGGAAAUGAAAGAUCGCCAUCUGGUUACAAAAAGACUAAAGGAACACAUUUCUAACAAGGACAAAUUGCCUAUCCUUAUUUUUCCAGAAGGCACCUGCAUAAACAACACUUCAGUUAUGAUGUUCAAAAAGGGGAGCUUUGAAAUAGGUGCCACCAUCUAUCCUGUAGCAAUCAAGUAUGACCCACGGUUUGGUGAUGCCUUCUGGAACAGCAGCAAGUAUAACAUCGUGAGUUACCUCCUGCGAAUCAUGACUAGCUGGGCCAUUGUGUGCCAGGUGUGGUACCUGCCACCCGUGACAAGAAAGGAAGGAGAAGAUGCUGUUGAAUUUGCCAACCGGGUAAAAUCUGCAAUUGCUCUCCAAGGAGGCCUUACCGAAUUACCCUGGGACGGAGGAUUGAAAAGAGCCAAAGUGAAGGAAAUUUUUAAGGAAGAGGAACAGAAAAACUACAGCAAGGUGAUAAUAGGAAACGGAACACCGUCAAAUGGCACAAACAACUCGGGCUGAACUCUCUCAGCAGAUGUUCACUGUCAGAAAGGGUGGAUUUUUUUACCCCCAUGUAGUAAAUAAAUAAGAAAACUUCAAGUGUGGGCAGUUCAAAAAAAGAAGAAAAAAAACAAACAAGGGUUGUUCUUUCUUUUCUGAUGGUCACCAGUGAAUUGCACUCUUGGUGCCUGGAAAACCAGCUUGAAGCAGAAUCAAAAAAUCCCAGUGGCUAAAAUGGGUGCAGUUCUUGCCCAAAGGGAAUGUAUGUAACGAUUUUAAAAAUCACGUUAUUUAAUUGUACAAAUAAUGGCUCUAUCUUUUAAGUGAUUAGAGAAUGUUUGAACAAAUAGUCCUCCCUAGCUACACUGGGCUGUUGUGUUUUUUGUUUGAAUAGAUGGUCCUACAUUUCCAAAGUCAUUUUGCUGAGUUGUGUUUUUGUUGCUGGCAUUGUUAAUGAAAUGUUUGUGGGAAGGAAUAAAUCGUAGGAAUAAUUAAGGGGGCCCUUGGGAGUUGCAGUGAGAAACUUAGAAUUCCCUCUCCGUAGCUGUUUUUCAAAAGAUGCUUCUAAAACUGAACAAUUCUUUGUUUUUCAUCUUGCCUAAAGAGAAAACGGGGAGGGGGGGUAACAAGCUCCAGGCUGCAUGCAGAUCUGUCUGCUCCCUUGAUAGUAAAAUAUUAAAAGAUGGAUAAAAUAUACCUACACACAUGCAAUAUCAGUCAAAAGAAAUAUUGAAUACAAUGCUUUUCUUUCCUGGAUUGUGUUGGCAGCCUUGAUGUAUAUUUGUCACUUACUGUAUGGGAAAUAUGACUUGUUGCCUUACUGUACAUUGAAAUAAAUUCUAUAUUUCUAACUAGCAGUAACUUUUUCUUUCCCUAGGAUUGAGCUUAUGUGUUUGUACAAAAAGUUAGUGUGUAC